AUGUCGUUAUUUUAUCCUCCCACGAUUGUGAACAAACCCAAAGCCACCGAGCAGACACAUGAGAGUCAUAUCCAAGCAAUUCCAAUCCACAGCGAGAACCAGAAAAAGAGGUCCGAGAAUCAAAAGAAGGAAGGAGAAGAGGAUCGACAGAAACACAAGCCGAAGACGUUGUCGUUAGGUAUCCUUGAGGUUUCGCAAUUCCUAUCCCACGCGCCAGUUCACGAAAAACUUAAUUGA